AUGACGAGGAAUUUCUCCAAAGGCAAAACAGUUACAUCAAAAGAAGAAAUGCUGUUUCCAUCAGACUAUUUUCAGAUAAUCUUAUGGAUCAACAUCCAUGUCUGCUUUCCUCUCACCUUUCUGGUAAUUCCUCUGAGUUUCAUGGUCCGAUUGGAUCACAUUCCUGUCUCCUACUACAUAAACCUCCUCAUAUCCAAUUUGAUCCCGAUCAUCAGUCUGGUCUAUUAUGGCAGAUUUAGUUCUCCUUACUCCUAUAAUGAUUACAACUAUUAUGAUCCCUUCAUGCGUCGAGUCUUUCUCUCCUACGUCUGCGCUGGAGUGGCCAGUUCUUGCUUCAGGAUGAUUUUUGCAGUAGAAAGGUUUCUUUUCCUCUACAGGCCACAGAUUCACUUCAUGAGAAAGACGAAAGGCUUCGUAACAUUCUGUGUUUUGGGCUGGAUUCUUUGUAUUGUUCUUUGUAGUAUUUUAAUAUCUCUUCCUGAUUUGGCUGGACUAAUAUCUCUCAUCUUCACUGCCAUCAUGUUCAUCAUCUGUCUUGCUGUGACUCUCAAAUCUCUCUGUGUCGCCUCCUCAGAGUCGGCUGAAGAAAACUGCAGAGUUGUUGGAGCCUUAGUUCUUUUGCUGGUUAAUUACAUUUUCUUCAUUCUCCCCAUGAUUGGUUUUUUAAUCAAUACAGAUAUCCGUGAUUUGAACAUGAAUAUAUUUUUUACCUUGAGUCUGCACUGCCCUGUAUUAGAUUUCCUGUUGUUGGGUUUUAUGUCCAAAGGACCUUUUAUCAGGCUGCUGCUGCGUCUCUGCUGCUGCAGGAAGACGAAUCCUGCAGAGAACGACAGCAGCAGAUCAGAUGUUGGAUUAUAGAUCAUAGAUUAUUAUAGAUUAUAGAUCAUAGCAGAGCACAGACACAGAAACCAAGGACAGAGGAAGGGUGUAAAAAUAAAACAUUCGGUAGAAAUAUAUGAUGAAAAACAGUGAAACACCAAACAUACCAUAGCUUGGUAUAGUAGAUUCUGUAAUUUGGUUCAUUAAGAUGCUGACAGUCACAAGAAUCACAAAAGCCCGAAAUCUGAUUAUAUGACAUGAAAUAUGAUUAAUAAAAACUGAAAAAGAAAACCCUGCCUUCAAUCUGAGAAUGUUUACUUCAUGAGGGAAAGAGAAACAACUUAAGAUAUUUG